AUGGCAAGCACUGGUACCAUGCAGGCCGUGGUCUUCAAGGAGCCGUUCAAGGUGGCGGUUGAGCAGCGGCCGAUCCCCACUGUGCAGGAUCCUGAAGAUAUUGUGGUGAAGGUGGGAUACACAGCCCUGUGUGGGAGUGACCUGCACGUGUACCGUGGUAUUGAGCCCAGUCCUCCUGGACCCAUCAUGGGCCAUGAGUUCAUGGGUGAGAUUGUUGAGGUUGGAUCUGCUGUGACGAAUUUGCGAAAGGGCGACCGUGUGGUUAGCGCUUUUACUACUUCCUGUGGCAAGUGCUUCUACUGUAAGCAAGGGUUCUCGUCACGAUGCGAGAAGAACACUCUUUUCGGAUGUGAGCGUCUGGAUGGUGGUCAGGCCCAAUAUGUUCGUGUCCCAAAUGCCGAGGGCACUGUUAUGAAAGCCCCCGAGGGCGUUGAGGACAAGUACCUCGUGCUGAUGGGUGAUAUCUUCCCCACGGGAUACUUUGCUGCCUACAAUGCAUUCAAAAACUCCACUCCAGAACAAAUCGCCGACCAGACUGUUGUCCUGAUCGGCUGUGGACCCGUCGGUCUCUGUGCCCUCAUCAAUGCCCUGGAGUACAAGCCCAAGCAUCUUCUGGCAGUCGAUUCUGUCCCCUCGAGACUGGAGCUGGCCAAGUCUCUCGGUGCCGAGCCAUGGAAUUUCAUGACUGACCGCGGGGGUCUAGAUAGGCGUGUGAAGGAGUUGACCAACGGCCGUGGUGCUGAUGCCGUGAUUGAGGUUGUCGGCUUGAGUCCUGCCCUGCGUACUGCUUAUGAGUUGCUGCGGCCAUGGGGAACUAUCAGCAGUGUUGGAGUUCACAACGCCGAGAUCCCUUGGGAUGGCAACGAUGCCUACAACAAGAACCUCACCGUCCAGAUGGGUCGCUGUCCCGUCCGGUCCGUCUCCGACAAGGCCCUCGAGGUACUGAAGAAGAACCAGCACAAACUUGGAUUCAUGACCGAGAAGAUUAUGCCUCUCUCACAAGCAGUAGAGGCGUACGAGUUGUUCAAUGCAAUGAAGGUGCAAAAGGUAGUGUUUGUGGCAGAUCAAUAG